AUGGGUUGCAUGCAAUCGUCCCCCGUUGAUGAGGAGGCAAAAGCGCGAAAUGACGAGAUCGAGAGCCAGCUCAAGCGGGAUCGCAUGAUGGCAAAGAAUGAAAUCAAAAUGCUGCUGCUGGGAGCUGGAGAGUCGGGCAAGUCGACGGUGCUCAAGCAGAUGAAGCUUAUUCACCACGGUGGCUAUAAUGAACAAGAGCGGGAUUCGUACAAGGAGAUAAUAUUUUCCAACACCAUCCAGUCCAUGCGUGCUAUUCUAGAGGCACUACCGGUACUGGAUAUCCAGCUCAACCCUCAAAACGACGCACGAAAAUCUGUGAUCCUUUCACUGCCUGUGCAGAUCGAGGGUGAUAUACUCGCAGCGGAUAUUAUCGACUCUGUCCGCGGACUCUGGAACGAUCCUGGUGUGAAGGAGGCUGUCUCUCGUUCACGGGAGUUCCAGCUCAACGACUCGGCCGUGUACUACUUCAACUCCAUCGACCGGAUGUCAGCACCAGGAUAUCUUCCGACCGACCAGGAUAUCCUACGGUCUCGCGUGAAGACCACUGGUAUCACUGAGACCACCUUCAAAGUUGGCGAACUAACGUACAAGCUCUUUGAUGUCGGUGGUCAGCGGUCAGAACGAAAGAAGUGGAUCCAUUGUUUCGAGAACGUGACGGCGCUUGUUUUCUUGGUCAGCUUGAGCGAGUAUGACCAGAUGCUAUACGAGGACGAGAGUGUCAAUCGUAUGCAAGAAGCUCUCACACUAUUCGACUCGAUUUGCAAUUCAAGAUGGUUUGUCAAGACGUCCAUCAUCCUCUUCUUGAACAAGAUAGAUUUAUUCGCUGAGAAGCUGCCUCGCUCACCGCUCUCGGAGUACUUCCCAGAUUAUAAUGGCGGUGACAGCUAUGAUUCGGCGUGUGAUUAUCUCCUGCACCGGUUUGUCUCUCUCAAUCAGAGUGCGGCAACGAAACAGAUAUACGCGCACUAUACUUGCGCCACCGACACACAACAGAUCAAGUGUGCGUGA